AUGUGUCCUUCGCAGCGAAGGAGACAUAUAUUGUUCACAUGGCCAAGUCAGAAAUGCCGGCGAGUUUUGAAGAUCAUACUCACUGCAGAAGAAGCCCAGGAAAUAGAAAAGCGGCCCGGAAUUUUGUCGGUUAUGGAGGAGGUUAACUAUGUACUCCACACGACCCGGACCCCUUCGUUUCUUGGUCUCGACCAGAAUGCUGCCCUGCUCCCUGAGUCUGACUCUUCGACUGAAGUUAUCGUCGGAGUUUUGGAUACCGGAGUCUGGCCGGAAAGUAAAAGCUUUGAUGAUACUGGAUUUGGGCCAAUCCCAAGUUCAUGGAAAGGAGAAUGUGAAAGUGGAACAAAAUUCACUGCAUCAAACUGUAACAAGAAAUUGAUUGGAGCCAGGUAUUUCGCAAGAGGCUAUGAGGCUACUCUGGGCCCAAUUGACGAGUCCAAGGAAUCAAGAUCUGCACGAGACGAGGAUGGCCAUGGAACCCACACUGCCUCGACCGCUGCAGGAUCGUUUGUUCCCGGCGCAAACCUUUUUGGCUACGCCGCCGGGACGGCGCGUGGAAUGGCCAAGCGUGCAAGGGUUGCUGUAUACAAAGUCUGCUGGACUGGCGGCUGUUUCAGCUCCGAUAUUUUAGCUGCCAUGGAUAAAGCAAUUGAUGACAACGUUAAUGUCCUGUCUUUAUCCCUCGGCGGUAGCAUGUCGGAUUAUUACAGAGACAGUAUUGCAAUUGGAGCUUUUGCAGCCAUGGAGAAGGGCAUUUUGGUGUCUUGCUCAGCCGGUAACGGCGGACCUAGUUCGUACAGUUUGUCCAACGUGGCGCCGUGGAUAACCACCGUUGGUGCCGGAACCCUCGACCGUGAUUUUCCUGCCUACGUUAGCCUGGGGAACGGUAAAAACUUUUCCGGCGUUUCACUUUAUAGAGGUAACUCUUUGCCUGCUAAACUGCUCCCAUUUGUUUACGCCGGAAAUGCAAGUAAUGUAACGGGCGGCAAUCUGUGCAUGACCGGUACGUUAAUUCCUGAAAUGGUUAGAGGCAAAAUUGUGUUAUGUGAUCGUGGGGUGAAUCCCAGAGUUCAAAAGGGUUCUGUCGUUAAAACAGCCGGCGGCGCCGGAAUGAUCUUGACCAACACUGCCGCAAACGGGGAGGAGCUGGUGGCGGAUGCCCAUUUACUGCCUGCAACUGGGGUGGGUCAAAUAACCGGUGACGCAAUUAAGGAUUAUUUGUUUUCUGACCGUGAUCCAAUGGCCACGAUUUUUUUCGAGGGCACAAAGUUGGGAGUCGAACCUUCUCCUGUGGUUGCUGCGUUCAGUUCACGCGGUCCUAACUCGAUAACCUCUGAGGUUCUUAAACCGGAUAUGAUUGCACCAGGUGUUAACAUUUUAGCCGGUUGGACGGGGGCAGUGGGGCCAACGGGGUUAGCUGAGGACGACAGGCGGGUCGACUUCAACAUAAUUUCAGGCACAUCCAUGUCCUGUCCACACGUGAGUGGCUUGGCGGCUUUGUUGAAGGCUGCACAUCCAGACUGGAGCCCGGCUGCAAUUCGCUCGGCUCUUAUGACCACAGCUUACACAGCUUAUAAGAAUGGUAAGAUGAUCCAAGAUGUAGCCACUGGCAAGCCUUCCACGCCGUUCGAUCACGGAGCUGGCCACGUGGACCCCAUAUCUGCCCUCAAUCCGGGACUUAUAUACGACUUAACAGUUGAAGAUUAUCUAAAUUUCCUCUGUGCAUUGAAUUACACUGCUCUACAAAUCAACGCCCUGGCAAAGAGGAAUUUCAGUUGCGAUUCUAGCAAAACAUACAGCACGAAUGACCUAAAUUACCCUUCGUUCGCGAUAUCACUCUCAGCAGAUACGGGCAGUACCAAAGGCAGUGGGAGUAGUACUGGUUCUAGUGUGGUGAAGCACACUAGAACACUCACCAACGUUGGAUCUCCUGGAACGUACAAGGUUUCAGUAUCUACUAUCGCCAGGUCAGUCAAAAUUUCGAUUGAGCCCGAGACGUUGACCUUCAGUCGAGCAAACGAGAAGAAAUCGUAUACAAUAACGUUCAGUACAAUCUCAAUGCCUUCCAAUACAAAUGUGUUUGGGAGAAUUGAGUGGUCUAAUGGGAAGAAUGUUGUGGGUAGUCCAGUGGCAAUUAGUUGGACUUAA